GUCCCGGUUGCCGGCAAGAGGCGAAGGUGGUACGCAGCCGCGCUGCCGGUUAUCUGGCUAGUGGUAGUAGCGGCGGUACGAGAGAUUCCUGUUUCUGGGACAGGGUACAGGAGGCGGAGUCCGGACGGCAGAUCAGGUGUUGAUUGACUGAGGUUACAGAGUAUUAAAUCAAGUGUUGCUGAAAAACUUGGAGUAAGCCUUAUCCUUCUGAUCGAACUGCUGGGCCUACAAAGUUUCUCCAGUGUUUUCUAUGUGUUGUUUGGAUUUCCAGCGCCUGCAGAUUUUCUCUUGUUUGUGAUUAUUUUGGAAAUAGUGGCUUGCUGAUACAGGAACUGCGCUCUCAAACUCCUUGAUCAAGCUAUCAUUUUUGACCUUGUGCCUUUAGGUGGUGCUGUGGGUAAUUCAUUUGGAUACCUGAAGUGACUCUCAAGAUGUUGUCCUCCUCAAGAAGAAUUUCAGCCUUUGAAACUAGACAUCCUUUGGAAACAGAUGCUCAAGAAACUGGAAUAGAUCCAUUACAAAAUGAACUGGUAAAAGAUGACAAUGGUGAGAAUAAUGAAAAUGAGGAAACCAAAUUGCAAUCAGUAUUGGACAAUGGAAAAUACAGCUCUUAUAGCAACGAGUGGGAAGACCUGUUUGAACACAGUAAUUACUUUGCAAGAAUAAGACUGAAGGGGAUUAAUGGACAACUGAGAAGCAGCAGAUUUCGCAGCAUUUGUUGGAAGCUGUUCUUGGAAGCUCUGCCUGAGGAUAAAAAGCAGUGGCUUAAUAAAACAGCAGAAUUAAGAUCUCACUAUGAACAGAUAAAAGAAAUUCAUAUCACAAACCCUCGGAAAGCUGCUGGACAGCAAGAUCUGAUUGUCAAUAACCCACUUUCACAGGAUGAAGGAAGUCUUUGGAACAAGUUUUUUCAGGAUAAAGAAUUACGAGCUAUGAUCCAACAAGAUGUGACAAGAACGUUUCCUGAAAUGCAGUAUUUCCAACAAGAAAGUGUGAGGCAGAUCUUGACAGAUAUCCUGUUUUGUUAUGCGAGAGAAAAUGAGCAGCUGCUUUACAAGCAGGGCAUGCACGAACUACUGGCUCCUCUUGUCUUCAUUCUGCACUGUGAUCAACAAGCCUUUUUACAUGCAAGUGAAACAGCUAAUCCAAGUGAGGAAAUGAAAGCUCUCCUCAACCCUGAAUUUUUGGAACAUGAUGCUUAUGCAAUGUUUUCACGACUUAUGGACACUGCAGAACCAUGGUUUUCAAGUUUUGAAAGAGAAAUAAGAAAGGGUAAAGAAGAGAUGGUCACAGCUGUACCAUUUGCUAGACCUCAGGAUCUAGGACCAUCACUCGCAAUAGUUUCCAAAGUGAAUCGAAUUCAGGAUCAAUUAUUAAAAAAAUAUGACACGGAACUUUACAUGCACCUUAAUCGACUGGAAAUUGCUCCUCAAAUUUAUGGAAUACGAUGGGUCAGACUCUUGUUCGGACGAGAAUUUCCUCUUCAGGAUCUCUUGGUGAUCUGGGAUACAUUAUUUGCUGACAGUAUCACCCUGGAUUUAGUUGAUUAUAUUUUUCUAGCAAUGAUGUUAUACAUAAGGGAUGUCUUAAUUGCAAGUAACUAUCAGACUUGCCUUGGAUUGCUCCUCCAUUAUCCUUCUAUAGAAGAUAUACAUUCUUUGAUCCAGAAGGCACUCUUUUUAAGAGAUCCAAAGAACAACCCAAGACCAAUGAAUUACCAAUUCCAACAGAAUCUGGAUUACUACAGGGCACGUGGUGCUGAAAUUGUAAACAAGACACGUGCUGGGGCAAAGGUUGCUCCUCUCAACAUCAAUAAGGUGUCCAGCAGCUUAAUGAACUUUGGACGGAGGCUGAUAAAUCCAGCUAUCUUAGUUGGAGGUACCAGUAGUUUACAAAGUGUUGGGACAAACUACAGCAGCAGUCCUUCACCCCAACCACCUUCUCAAAAAGUAAUGGUGGAACACACCCAUCAACAUCAACAACAACGAAUGAUGAAAUCUGAAAGUAUGCCAGUACAACUUAGCAAAGGACAGAUAGUUACAGGAGAUGAUGCUAAGGCUUGUAUCCCUGUCAAGACUAUUACUGAGCUUCCAGGUCACAGUGCCAGUCAUGUUAGUUCAUCACCUAGUACUGAGAGUCUUUUCACUGCAAAGGAUAACACAGCAUCUCCUCCACAUUCCACUGCUAAGAAGGAUUCAUUCUUUAGUACAAUCUCUCGCUCACGAUCACAGAGUAAAACUAUGGGUGGCCGAAAAGAUGUGGAAGAUGAAUUGGAGACCCAAGUGUCAUUUCUGCAAGGACAACUGAAUGACCUUGAGGCAAUGUGCAAAUUCUGUGCCAAGAUGAUGAAUACACAUAUAUGCAAAAUACAAGAUGUGAUUCUAAAAGAAAAUCUUGAAAAGGAAGAUGAAGUCCUGGUAUCUCUGGCUGGACUCAAGCAGAUUAAAGACAUUCUGAAAGGCUCCCUGCGUUUCAACCAAAGUCAGCUGGAGGCUGAAGAAAAUGAAGAGAUUACAAUCGCUGAUAAUCAUUAUUGUUCCAAUAAUCGAGCAGAGGGUGAGAGUAUAAAGUUGCCACAAACUGACAGGGAGAUGCAGGCAACAGUGAAAACUGAAGAGGUCACAUCACUGACUUCCCUGAAUUCAGAUGGUAGAAACUCAGAUGACUACAUCUUGGUCACCAAUGAAGAUGAUGACUUGAUACAUGAGCACUCAUCCAAGCAAUUAGAAGCAACAGGAGGCACACCAGAGAAAUAUCAAACCUUAAAAGCUUAUAAUGCAUCUCAUGCAACUGAAAAACAAACACAGCAGCCUUCGGUUUUUUCUGAUCCUCUGACAGGUGGAGUUCUACGCCUUCCAUCCAGUAACUUGGAAUCUAGUCCUGAUGAUGACAGCAGCAACAGCAAAGAUUCUGAUUUCACAAUUGUUAGUCCCCUGGACAUCUGAAAAGUUUCCAGUCAGUGGUGCUCUCUACAUUGAUAUAAAAUAAUUUUAUCUGCACACUAAUAAAAUUCCAUAAGGACUGAUUAACAAGUGAAACUCUCCUCCCUGUGUUUAGAAGUCAUGUAAGGUUUAUAUAUACAUAUAUCCCUGUUGAACAAAAAAUAUUUGAAUGUAGUUAAUGAUGGGCCAUAGCCAUCAAAAGUAAUUCCUUACCCUUUGACUAUCUCUCUGCUACACCACACAACAAAUAUCUUUGGUCUUCUCUCCCAAGCAGUUCAAACUACUUCAUAAGCCUUGUAAGUGGGAGUCCCUUAUGGUGAUCAUGAUUAUACAAAUAAAUGCAGAAACCUGUCUUGGAUAUCGUGCUUGCUUCGCUGCACUGCAUUCCCUAUCUCACCCAAGCAGAUACAAGACUAAAGGAAUUUAUAAUACAAGUAGAAUUUACUGAUCUCAGACAAUGAAAUUUUAUGAGUAAUUUAAUAACAAAAAUAGGGACAAAAGUUAUCCCACAACUUUAUGAUGGCAUUUUGAAAUGCCAAGGAAGUACAAGUGUCUAAUCCUCAAACUGUUGAAAGCACUGGACCUGUUAGUCCUUGGAUCCUAACCUUGGUAAUGGAAAUGAAUACCUCCUAUCUGUCUGAUAAUUAUUGUACAUGAGAUGACGAAUGCUGUUUUAUUAGUCUGUCAUUUUGAUUCACAGUCUGGAGCUUUGUAGCCUUUAUGCUAAUUGCUGUUUGAUUACAUCAUGAAAAUCAUAGAAAUGUGUUAACAAUGCGCUUCCAAUUUUAUAAUUUAGCCCUGUUAUGUAUCUUCAAAUACCAUUUUAUUAUGUACUCUAGUCGGUGCAUUUGCAAAACUAGUAACUGGGAGCUUCGUAAAUUCUAAAAAGUAGCUGCCUGCGUAUUUUAUACUACUAUAAGAACCUGCUACAUUCUACCAAGUAAUUGCUGUAACAAAGAUUUUGCUUCCAUUGGUUAUUGCUGCAAUGUUCAAUUUUGGAUGUAUAUAAAGAAUGCAUAGUAUGUAACUGAGAAAAAUCACUGGAAAGCAUUGUACUAACAAUGACUUGUGUUUUUAUGAAAAAUCCCAUUUAACCUUUUAAUAGAGACCACAAUCUACAGUGAGCCACCAAAACAAUAAUUAGAGUAUACCAAAUGGCAUAUCCAAAUGAUGUGCUUAUUGAAGUGUUGACUUACUACAUAGAAAGUAAUGCGAUUUUACAGAAUAGACUUACAGGACUGUAUUGUAUUAAAGAUUAAAUCAUUUGCACAACCUAUAAUUUAUACAGGAAUUAGAUGCAGAAGAUAAUUUUUGUCCAGGAACAUGAUGAGGAUUCUAUUGGUGCAGAAUUUGCUUAAUGAACUGAAAAAUUACAAGCUCAAAAAACUGAAUAAAAUGACCAAUAAACCAUACGAUGUUAUUCAUUUCAAU